GAAUUAUGUUCGAUUCACCCACUCGCACUAUUAGGAAGAAAAAUACAUAAAGAUGGAAGAGCAUAAUUGGAAGUAAAGAGGCAAGGCCAACAGACAAUCGGGAACACUAUUAGAAAAAAAAAUACAUAAAGAUGCAAGAGCAGACUUGGAAGAGGGUUUGAAGUUUACACGAUGGUGUGGGUACAGAAAAUGUCGCUUGCGGUGGCCUAUUUUUUUUUCCGAUGAGGGAAGAAAAUAUUUUGGAAUCCCCUAAUUGAAAUUGAAUCGCAUGAGUAAAUUGAGGCGUAAACUACGGGCGUGGAAGGCUCGGCUGAACCAGCGCUUGAAGUCCGGAAGUAGGGCGGGACGUCGCCGUUCAGUUUCCAAACAUGGCCGUUAAGCCGUUGGCUGUAUCUGCUCCUGCGUUCGGCUGAUUUAGGCACACUUUGAGGAAGUCACUGGCAGCUCUGGACUUCGGUAACAGGUGCUCACGAAAAUGUAGACGCUCCUCGGAGCCCUCUGUGUUUUCCUAGCGUGUCAAAGUCACGCGAAUAAAGCAUUUCCAAACUUUUUUUUUUUUUUUUUUUAAUUCCGUACUUUACUGUAACUAGCGCGGUAAGCUAACGCCGACGUCUCGACCUUAACUUGGGUCAACUUUUCCCCCCCGAUGCGGCUUGACCGAAAUGGAGGAGUACCGUCGUCCGACCCAGAUGUCUAUGUGAAUAUUUCUUUUCCAAGGACGCCUCAAGAUCAAAAAGUAUUCGGACUUCGACUUAAAGGCUUUAUUUGAGUGGUUCUUCUUCACGGUGGAAGCUAGCUGUUCAAAACGCCCAACCUCGACGGGGCGGACAUAAACAAUGUUUUCUGUCAAACCCAUGAAACCAACUUUCAAGUCUUACCUUCCUCCUGUGCAGAGUGAAGUGAAGAAGACCAUUGACCCCCCUAUUAAAAAGUUGGAGGCCAAGCUACUUCCAGGGGAGAUAGUAGUUAACGAGGCGAAUUUUGUGAGGAAAUGCAUCAGUUCCGAAAGCAGCCAGGAUGAUCUGUGGGGGAAAUUGAUCUGUACCAAUUUUAAGGUCUCCUUCAUUCCCCAAGAUGCUCCAACUAAGCCGAAGUUUCUGCUGUCCCAUCUGCUGCUUGGAGAGCAUGAUAUUCCACUUACAUGUUUGGAGCAUGUGGUAACAGUCAAUGAUACAAAGGGGAAGAAGAAGGUUUUGGGGUCAAACCAGAAACUCAAGUUUAACCCCACUGAGCUCAUCCUUUACUGCAAAGACUUGCGGAUCAUAAGGUUCUGCUUUGACGAGGCUGGGCCUGAGAGUGCUAAAAAGGUUUGUCUCGCUAUUGCGCACUACUCUCACCCAGCUGAUCUGCACCUGCUGUUUGGGUUUGAAUAUCAGGGCCGACGGUACCACGAAUCCAAAGCCGAGCAGCACAACGAGGGGGUCCGACGAGGAAGAUUACAGACGCCAAUUUUCGAUCGACGGUCAGAGUGGGACAGGGAGAUCAAGAGAACGGGCGCCUCUGAGUGGAGGGUGUGCUCCAUCAACGAGUUUUACCACAUCUCCUCAAGUCUUCCAGAGUACGUUGUGGUCCCGGUUUCUCUCGCGGACCAGGAUCUAAAACAGUACUCCAUAUUCCUAACUGGCAACCGCGUCCCACUUUGGUGCUGGAAUCACCGCAAUGGAAGUGCUCUUGUCCGCAUGGCCAGCGUGUGUGACCCGGUCCAGCAGCGAAAGAUUGAGCAGAGGAUCAUCACAGCCAUCACAAAAAGCCACCCUCAGUGCAGUGAAGUCUUCACUUCUGAUCUUGACAAGUGUCUGCCCAACAUUCAGGACAUCCAGAGUUCUUUCGUCAAAAUCCGGCAGAUCUGCGUCAUAGAUCCUUUUGAGGAAUCUGAGGAAAGGUGGCUUUCAUCCAUUGAAAACUCACGAUGGCUCGAGUAUGUCAGGACCUUCCUGAAACAUGCAGCUGAGAUAGUGUACCACCUGGAUGGAAGGAGCGUAUCAGUCAUUCUCCUAGAGGAAGAGGACCGUGACCUGAACUGCGUGGUGUCCUCCUUGGUGCAGCUCAUGGUGGACCCACACUAUCGCAGCCUCGUUGGAUUUCAGGGUUUAGUGCAGAAGGAGUGGGUGAUGGCAGGCCAUCGCUUCUUGGAUCGAUGCAACCACUUAAAAAAGAAUGACAAGGAGGAGUCCCCACUCUUCAUUCUGUUCCUGGACUGCGUGUGGCAAAUGAUGAACCAAUAUCCGGCUGCAUUCGAGUUCACCGAAGCCUACCUGACUGUUUUAAGUGAUAGCAUGUGGAUUCCACUCUUCAGCACUUUCCUCUUCAGUUCUCCGAACCAGCGAGCUCAGUACUUGAUGGACUUUGCAAGGAAUAAAGCCAUCCCUCAAGGGGAGGACCCAGUUGUGUACUUCCCUCCUGUGUGGGACUGGUCGCAGCAGUUCUCCACCAAAGACCAAACCCUUUUUAACAACCCGAUGUACGUUGGCAAAGGUGCUGCGUGUGUCCUCAAUGGGGAAGUGAAAAGCUUUAGGCGCACAAAGAAAUACGGUUCCAUCUUCCGAGGAGCCUCUGCAUCUCUACGCAACGGACUGAAAGGCGGAGACGAGGCGCUAAUCCGACGAGGCUCUCUGGGGUCCGAGCUCAAGUCUGACUUCUCCCCCAUGAAAUACGUUGUGGAGAGCCCGUCGGAGCGCUUCUUCAGAGAGUUGUUCUCUCGACCCGCUGACCAGCACGGCCUUUUGAUCCCCCUGCUCACACCCUCCCACGUGGCACUCUGGAAGCUCUACUUCCUUCGCUGGGUGCCAGAGGCCUGCAUUUCCAAAGGGGGGUCCAUCACUGCCUACCACAAGCUCUCUCAACUGGUGGACGAGAUCGAAAUGCUGCAGAAUCACCUCAGGCAGUACAAGGCACCCACUCCGAUGGGCACACCUCUCCCCAGCCCAAAAGAGCCCCCCGCUGACCAAAGGCGGAUGUAUUUUAAGGCUGCGUCCCCAAGUGAUUCCCCUCCUGAAUUCCUUUCCUCCUCCUUCCCUUUCACCCCCGUAGGAAACCUGUGUCGCCGCAGUAUACACGGAACCCCCAUCAGCAAGUUUCUGAACGGGGCGAGGAUCUGGCUCUCCACGGAGACGCUCGCUAACGACGCUCUCUGAGAAUGAGCAGCGCUUCAGUUUCGAUUGCUGUUACCACUCUUAACCAGGCGGACGAUUCCAGAAAAAUAACUUCUGAGUUUUUUUUGCUAUUCUUUAUAAGCUAGAAGUUGCACCAUUGAUGCUGCAUGAAAAUCUGAGGCGACAACUAACUGGAAGAUCAUCAACAGGAAAAUAGUGCCAUCGUUAAUCCAAGUUUAAUUUUUACAGAAUGCAGAACAAGUACAUCCUCAUCAUUGGCCAGUGACAUGCUACUGUGAUGUGCCCUCAUACUGUGAAAGAUGUAUUUUUUUUUUUAGAUACAGUAUAUAUUAAAAGCUUUUUUUUUUUUUUUUUUUUAAUCUUAUCACUUAAAUCACUCAAAAUUUCCUCAAUAUCACCUUGUUUGGUGAGGUUGCGCGGUCCACAGAUCCUGUUUGGAAUCGACCCGUGACGUCACGGCGAAGAGUAGGCCUUUGGGAAUCUCACAGUCGAAUCCAGAUUUGAUUGCAGCAACAAUGAUGCAUUUCACCAACACUGAUUUCACACGUAACAUGUAUUUUCCUGGAAAUGUGUUGACCAUUUAACGCUUUACUUGGGAUUUAUUUCUUCUGAAUCCACGUCACAAUUUAAUAACACUACUAACCACCCUGCUCUCCCAAGUGCUUUCUAAAUUAUAUCACUUGUUGGGCGUUUUGCAUUUUUUUAAGCAAAUACUGUGGUGAUUUCAGGGUCUGAUUUGAGAUGACUUCAAUCUGUGGUAAAUAUACCCGUUUUUCAGAGGUUUCAUCAAAAUUUUUGAAAGGCCUUCAACCGUCCAGAUUGACAGGAGAGAAUUUAAAGCAGAAGUUUUCUGUAUUACGACUCCCUUGUGUUUUCUAACUGCUGAACCAAAGACUAGCUGGUGAAACGGACUAAAUGGAUCAGGUGUGUAACAGCGGUGAGAAUGUUCACAUCGGGGUUAUGGAUUUGGGUUUACGGCUCAACGAGAAAGUCUUAAUUCAAACUAAAUCAUCAACAGAAAAACCUUUAAACUGUAAAUGCUCUUCAUGUUUGGUAAUUGCACACUUAUUAUUUAAGUCCUAUGAGGACUUAAUACAAAUUUGAAUGACCCCAGAUGGGGGGGGAAGCCCCCCCCCUUUGAUAUUAAAUUUUAGCGUGAUCCAUUUCUUGCAAAUGUAAGAUUCGUUGGCAAUAAUAUUGUUUGUGAGUGUGAGUGCUGCGUUGGCCCUAAAAAAGAAAAAAUGCUAUUAAUUGCACAUUAACCCAGUUGAUGGUUAUUUUUAAGGUGGUUGAUUUUCGGUUUGGCAAUUUUUCAAAUAGAUUUUCUAUUUGCUUGAAAUCUAUUUUUUUGUGUUAAAGGUACUUAAAAGUCUGUUCAUUUUGACUAUAUAUAUUUUAUGGAGAGGUAUUUAUAUGAUGUUCUUGUCCUUUGCUGGGUUAUAUGAUGACUGCGUUCACAGUCGGAUGCGCCAGCGGAUGUAUUUAUUCACGUUAUGCAAAUGUACACUUAAAAGGGAUGCCCCCGGCGACUCUUUUGUGCCUUUUGGGAAGACUUUGUAACAACGUUCUUUAUAUCGGGACUCGUCUACUUGUGUUGAUUUCGAUGGCGUCUUAAACCUUUAACAGGUACUGCACUGAGAAGGGUUUUACGGUAGAAAGGAGGUCUCAAACAUGUACCAGUAACUAAUCAAUACAGUAUAUUUUCAACUGAGAA